AGGUCUUCAACAAAGAGGGGCCAAGAUGUUGACAGAUCUUUUGGAGUACAUUGAUUUGGAAGUGAUUUUUGUUUAUAUCAAGUGUUUAGUCAUCCUCAUGGUAAAAAUGAUGCUGAUGAGCCCCUUGACAGGAUUCUAUCGAAUGAAGAAUAAGGCAUUUGCUAACCCUGAAGAUGCGUCAACACACGGAAAAGGGGAGCAGGCAAAAAAGUAUCUGCGGACUGAUCCAGAUGUGGAGCGCAUACGCAGAAUUCAUCUCAACGAUCUGGAGAACAUCAUUCCCUUUGCCGUCAUUGGGCUCCUAUACGCCAUCAGUGGCGUCUCCUACACCACCGCCUGGUGGCACUAUCAACUCUUUCUUGGGUCUAGGAUCUUCCACACUAUUGCCUACUUCAUACCCCUUCCCCAGCCCUGCAGAGGAAUGUCUUGGUUGGUUGGUUACUUAGUGACCUUUUCCAUGAUAUACAAGUUGCUCAUGGUCGCCUUAAGUAUCUGAUGGGAUAUGGCCGCUCUUAUCACUGUGAUCGCCGUACCCCACCAUUGUUUUUUUAAUGUUCCUACUUCCCAAGAACCGUGUCCGCAUUGCUGCUUCUGCCAAGGAGUCCCUAAAUGUCUGUCACAGAGCCCACGUAGCAUACCUUGGGGUAUGUUCUAAGGCUUGCAGUCCAUUUACUGCAGAGUAGCUUGGGCAUUUCAUGCCUCACUGUUGUCCUGCUCUGGCAAGAGUGUGACCAUGAAUACAUCUCAUUGUUUCCCUGCAACUGCAUGUGCCAGGCAGAAGUCAGUAAAUGGUAGGCAAGCUGUCCAUUAAGAACAUAAGAGACUCCAGGUUGGAUCAGGCCCCUCCAGUCCAACACUGUGACACACACUGGCCAAAACCCAGUCCCCAUCAGAAGGUCUACCAGCGGGGCCAUGUUGGAUCAGGCCCCUCCAGUCCAACAAUCUGUGUCACACACUGGCCAAAACCCAGGUGCUAUCAGAUGGUCUACCAGCGGGGCCAUGUUGGAUCAGGCCCAUCCAGUCGAACACUCUGUGUCGCACAAUGGCCAAACCCCAGUCGGCAUUAGAAGGUCUACCAGCGGGGCCAGAACUGUAUAAGUCUUUCCACCAUUACCCGCCAAGUACCAAGAAAACAAAGCAUCACUGCCCCAGACAUUGUGUCUAAUAGCAGCCUUGUCUGUUAACAGUAAUUUUUCCAUUAGAAGCCCCCCUCCCCAAUAAGCUUGUAAGAACUCCAGGUUUCCCCGGAACAUGAUUUGAAACCACUGCCAGAACCAGGACCUUUUUUGUAGCAGGAACGUAUUUGCAUAUUAGGCCACACCCCCUAAUGUAGCCAGUCUUCCAAGAGCUUACAGUAGGCCAUAUACCAAGAGCCUUGUGACUCCAUUAGAGGGGUGUGCAAAGGAGUUCUUGCUACAAAAAAAAAAAGCCCUGACCACCACCCCCUUUUUUGUGACAGACAUCCCUGGUUGGGUUUUGAUUAUCAUAGCUCCCCCUCUUCCUUUCACUGUUGUUCUUUCUUUUCAUUGUUUGCUGCUGUUGCAUUCACUUCUGGAAGGUGCUGCAAAUGAGGAUGUGGUCGAGACUGUCAGUGCCAGUGGCUCUGCUAGCCUUGACCUGCUCUUCUAUGAUGUCCAGGAUAUUGGUGUGAUCCCUUUUAUGACUGCCACUUCGGCUUACUUUUUUUCUUUGUUCAGUUCUACUUAUGCUAGGAAUUCAAAACCAUAACGACUAGUUGAACUUUAAUUGUACAGAAUACUGGGUGCUGGGACUCAAGAAUAAGAAGAGGAUUGUCCCAUUUGCACCCCACUUUUACAUGUUUCCAUCUUUCUAUGGCUGGACAAAACGGAUCUUUGUAUGGAAUUGCAUGGUGGCCAGGGCCGGCAUGUGGGAAUCGGUGAAGUUGGCGGCCACUUGGGGCGCCACCUCACUGCAGGAGCAGGCACUCCUUCCCCGUCCUGCUCACGCCAUCCCGAACGUCCCUUGCCUGGCCCUCACCCGCUUCAGAGGGAGCUGGGAAGAGGAAAGAAAGAAGGAGGCGGCCUUUUUACGGGUCCCUCUGAAGCGGGAGAGGGCGAGGCAAAGAUUAGGGUGGGCUGCACUUUCUUUCUUUGAGAACGUUUGGCCUGGCCCGCCCCUCUCCCACUUCAAAGGGAGCUGGGAAAAGGCCGUGUCCUUUUUUGUGAAGAAAGGAGGCGGCCCCUUUCUGGGUCCCUCUGAAGCCGUGCGAGGGGCGGGCCAAACCGUGGGUUCUCAAAGAAAGAACAUGCGACUCGCCCCUUGCCUGUCCCUCUCCCGCUUCACAGGGACCUGGAAAGAGGCCUCUUCCCUGCUCCCUUUGAAGUGGGAGAGGAACGGGCUGAGCAUUUGCACAAAGUGCACGCAGCCUGAUGAUGUCACUUUCGGUGAUGUCAUCAGACCACGCGUGAGAAGAGCCUAGGUGGGGGUGUGGGUUUCAGCCUGGGGUGCCAGAAUCCUUAGCGCCGGGCCUGAUGUCGGUCCUUUGGUUCUCGAUCCAGUUUCAUCACAUAGCUUGCUUUUCUGAGACCGAUUCCUCACUAGCCUUUGUCCCAGUCUCGUGCUCCUUUUUUCCCACGGCUCUUCUGCCCGAUUUUGCACACGUUGCUGUGGGGCUGUGACUUGCCCCCCGCCUCUUUCUCAAGUUCCCUCUGCUGCUGGUUUUCAGAGAAUCCUGAAACUGCAGAGGGAACUUGGGAAAGAGGGUGGGGUAAGUUGCGGCCCCUCGGCAGCAUGCACAAACUCAGACAGAAGAGCGAUGGGGAAAAAGGAACACAGAAUCAGGACAAAGACUAGUGAGGAAUCAAUCUGAGUCCCAGUUUGUGAACAAAGGCUGUGUUAUUCUGUGGGCUUAUUCCCCAGAAUCCUAUGUCAAAGAUUCCUGGUUAUGGCAUGCUGACCAUGUGAUUCCAGAGCUCAUGAGCAUGCAUAUGUUCUAUUUCUAUAAGGUGUAGCUAUGUGAAUCUGCACUGCGUAGGUUGCCCACCAAGAGUUACUUAUUAGGUUGUAAGGUGGUAAAAGGAAUUCAUCCCACGAAAAUGCAGGUUUUGAAAGGUUUCUUCCUUUCCGCAUUCCAUGAGCACCCUUUUUACAUUUCCGAACAACGUUAUCAACAGAAAGUCAGAUUCAGCAUUGUUGUUUGUUUCCAUUUUACGGCUAUAGAUCUGGUCGAUACGAUCCCCUUUCUUGCUUCUGUUGAAAAAAUAAAAUACAUCUUUCCUUACUUUUUUCCCUCCCAUGUUUUUCUUCACCUGAAAAUGAUUGGAAUGACUGUUUCGUACAUGUUUAAAGAUUUUUAAUGUAUAACAACUCUCUAUCGGCGGCAGGGAAUGUAUGGUAAUUUUCUACAGAUGCUAUUUCUGGAUGUCUCUUUUUGACGCAUAAAUCAAUAAAGACAACGGCGAAAAAGAAAAAAA